CAUGCCUCCGUUUCUGUAAAGCCACAUGCGAUUUUUGUAUCUUUAUAAUAAUUAAUUAUCAGUAUUAUAGCAAUAGUUUUUUUAUUGAUUAAUUAAUAUGGCAUUAAAAUUUAUCGUAUCUCAGAAAGGCAAUAAAUUAUUAUUGCACGAUGGUGUAUUAUAUAGUAAAAAAAAAAUUAAUAAAAGUAACAUAACCUGGAUUUGUACAUGUGUUAAUUGUAAUAUCAUUAUUCACACCGAUAGUGAGAAAACCACAGGCAAGAUAGUUGGUGAUGUAUUAGUUCACGAUCAUCCCAGUAAUGCUGCAGCUGUUAAAGCUAAAAUUUUAAAAGAAAAAAUUAAGAAGAAAUCAUCUAAAUCUCAAGAAAAACCCGCUACUAUUGUUUCUACUUCGCUGCAAGGAGUUUUAUCACCAGUUGCAGCGUUGCUUCCAAAGCCCAUCUCACUUUCUCGAGCUGUACAACGUUCUUGUGUUAAAACAGUAGCACCAAUUAUGAAUCCUGACAGUCGAAGUGAAUUAUUGUUAACCGAUGAGUAUAAAUUUACAUAUAGUGGUGAUUUAUUUUUAUUGCACGGCAGUGGCAAUGACAAAAAUCGGUUUUUAGUUUUCACUUCGUCAAAAAACUUAAAUUAUUUGGUCACCUGUCAUCUGUGGUUAAGUGAUGGUACAUUUAAAUCUGUACCAUCAAUAUUUAGUCAGCUUUACACUAUUCAUGGCUAUAAAGAUGGAAAAUCAUUGCCAUUGGUAUACAUGUUAGCUCCAGAUAAGUCUAAAAGUUUGUACCUCAAAUUUUUAAAAGUAUUACGAAACGCAAUUCCUAAUUUUUCACCAGAUCGAUUAAUGAUGGAUUUUGAAAUUGGAUUUAUCGAGGCAUUCAAACAGGUAUUUCAUGGUGCAAAAGUUUCGGGAUGUAAUUUUCAUUUUUGCCAAUCGGUUUGGCGCCAUAUACAAUUUUGUGGGCUAGAAACUCGAUACAAUACUGAUAUUGAAUUUUCUCGAAACAUACGUAUGCUGAUGGCUUUGGCUUUUGUGCCACCCGAAGAUGUUACUGCUGCAUUCGAUAAAUUAAUGUCGACAGAUUAUUAUGACAGAAAUUCUGAUAUUUUGGAGAAUAUUGUUGCAUAUUUUGAAUCUACGUGGAUUGGAAAACUAAAGCACAACCGCAAACGCCGUGAAAAGCCUCUGUUUGAUAUUAAAAUUUGGAAUUGCUAUUUAGCAACGAAAAAUGGUGAUCUUCGUUCUAAUAAUUCGAUGGAAGGCUGGCAUUCUGGUUUCAAUCAGCGUGUAUCUGUUGCUCAUGCCAGUAUCGGCUCAUUUUUAAAUGCUAUCAAAAACGAACAGACAUUAACGGAAACAUCAAUAACGCAAAUCAAUUCUGGGCUUGCGGUAGCAGUUCCACGUCGCAAAGCGUACCGAGAUUAUAAUCAACGCUUAUUCACAAUCGUAAAUAAUUAUAACCCCAAUAACAAGAUCGAUUAUUUGAAUAAUAUUGCUAAAGUUUUAAAUUUUGAAGGUUAUUAAGGGUAUUCUUAGAUAGUGCCCUCCCACUUUUUUGAAGACAUGAAACGACUUUUAACUGUCUCAACUGAAUUUAUUUAAAAGGUCGGGGGCAAUUUCGGAGAAUGACCUUAAUUUCCUAGUUAUAUUCUAAUCGUAUAAUAUGUUAAUGAUAUUUAAAAAGUAUAUUGCUUAAAGCUAUUGAAUUAACAAAUAAUUUUAUGAUUUUUGUGAACGGAUUUAAGUACUUAUAUUUGUAUUGAUAAAAAAACAUUUAUAAUUUCUCAGAUAAUUUAUUAUAAUUUUUCACUAAGAUAUUUGUUGUGAUAAAAAAACUUCAGUUUAUGAUGUGACCAAAUAUUAAG